AUGCAUUGUCUUACUGGGUAUACAGGGCGACACUGUGAAAUCGACAUAAAUUACUGCUCCAAAGAUACAUGUCACAACAACGGUACCUGUGUAGAGGAACCAGCAAACUAUACAUGCAGUUGUCUUACUGGAUAUACAGGGCGACACUGUGAAAUUGACAUGAAUUACUGCUCCAACGAUACAUGUCACAACAAUGGCACCUGUGUAGAGGAACUUACAAACUAUACAUGCACUUGUCUUACUGGAUAUACGGGGCGACAAUGUGAAAUCGACAUAUAUUACUGCUCCAACGAUACAUGUUACAACAACGGUACCUGCGUAGAUGAACCAGCAAACUAUAUAUGCAAUUGUCUUACUGGAUAUACGGGGCGACAAUGUGAAAUCGACAUAAAUUACUGCUCCAACGAUACAUGUCACAACAACGGUACCUGCGUAGAGGAACCAGCAAACUAUAUAUGCAAUUGUCUUACUGGAUAUACAGGGCGAAACUGUGAAAUCGACAUAGAUUACUGCUCCAACGAUACAUGUUACAACAACGGUACCUGUGUAGAGGAACCAACAAACUAUACAUGCAGUUGUCAUACUGGAUAUACGGGACGACACUGUGAAAUCGACAUAAAUUACUGCUCCAACAAUACAUGUCACAACAACGGUACCUGCGUAGAUGAACCAGCAAACUAUAUAUGCAAUUGUCUUACUGGAUAUACGGGGCGAAACUGUGAAAUCGACAUAAAUUACUGCUCCAACGAUACAUGUCACAACAACGGUACCUGCGUAGAGGAACCAGCAAACUAUAUAUGCAAUUGUCUUACUGGAUAUACGGGGCGAAACUGUGAAAUCGACAUAAAUUACUGCUCCAACGAUACAUGUCACAACAACGGUACCUGCGUAGAUGAACCAGCAAACUAUAUAUGCAAUUGUCUUACUGGAUAUACGGGGCGACAAUGUGAAAUCGACAUAAAUUACUGCUCCAACGAUACAUGUCACAACAACGGUACCUGCGUAGAGGAACCAGCAAACUAUAUAUGCAAUUGUCUUACUGGAUAUACAGGGCGAAACUGUGAAAUCGACAUAGAUUACUGCUCCAACGAUACAUGUUACAACAACGGCACCUGUGUAGAGGAACCAACAAACUAUACAUGCAGUUGUCUUACUGGAUAUACAGGGCGACAUUGUGAAAUCGACAUAGAUUACUGCUCCAACGAUACAUGUUACAACAACGGUACCUGUGUAGAGGAACCAACAAACUAUAUAUGCAGUUGUCUUACUGGAUAUACGGGACGACACUGUGAAAUCGACAUAGAUUACUGCUCCAACAAUACAUGUCACAACAACGGUACCUGCGUAGAUGAACCAGCAAACUAUAUAUGCAAUUGUCUUACUGGAUAUACGGGGCGAAACUGUGAAAUCGACAUAAAUUACUGCUCCAAAGAUACAUGUCACAACAACGGUACCUGCGUAGAUGAACCAGCAAACUAUAUAUGCAAUUGUCUUACUGGAUAUACGGGGCGACACUGUGAAAUCGACAUAAAUUACUGCUCCAAAGAUACAUGUCACAACAACGGUACCUGCAUAGAUGAACCAGCAAACUAUAUAUGCAAUUGUCUUACUGGAUAUACGGGGCGACACUGUGAAAUCGACAUAGAUUACUGCUCCAACAAUACAUGUCACAACAACGGUACCUGCAUAGAUGAACCAGCAAACUAUAUAUGCAAUUGUCUUACUGGAUAUGCGGGGCGAAACUGUGAAAUCGACAUAAAUUACUGCUCCAACGAUACAUGUCACAACAACGGUACCUGCGUAGAUGAACCGGCAAACUAUAUAUGCAAUUGUCAUACUGGAUAUACGGGGCGAAACUGUGAAAUCGACAUAAAUUACUGCUCCAAAGAUACAUGUCACAACAACGGUACCUGCGUAGAUGAACCAGCAAACUAUAUAUGCAAUUGUUUUACUGGAUAUACGGGGCGACACUGUGAAAUCGACAUAAAUUACUGCUGCAACAAUACAUGUCACAACAACGGUACCUGCGUAGAUGAACCAGCAAACUAUAUAUGCAAUUGUCUUACUGGAUAUACGGGGCGACACUGUGAAAUCGACAUAAAUUACUGCUCCAACGAUACAUGUCACAACAACGGUACCUGCGUAGAUGAACCAGCAAACUAUAUAUGCAAUUGUCUUACUGGAUAUACGGGGCGACACUGUGAAAUCGACAUAAAUUACUGCUCCAACGAUACAUGUCACAACAACGGUACCUGCGUAGAUGAACCAGCAAACUAUACAUGCAAUUGCCUUACUGGAUAUACAGGACGUCACUGUGAAAUCGACAUAGAUUACUGUUUCAAAGAUACGUGCUGCAACAACGGUACCUGCAUUGAAGAAACAUCAAACUACGCGUGUCGUUGUGCUCCUGGAUAUACAGGCAGAAACUGUAUCACACAUAUUAACAACUGCUUUGAAAAUGCAUGUAUGAAUAAUGGUACAUGCAUUGAAGAUACUGAAACCUUUUCCUGCCAGUGUUUCAAUGGAUUUGGAGGCAGACAUUGUGAAUUUGACUUGAACAAUUCAAGUAAUACAAGGGACGCUAUUGAUGCUAGGUGUUCAACUUCUGGCUGGAAUAUAUCCAUCAAUAUUACAUCACUAAAGCAGUCUUACCCAUCAAUUUUAGUGAGAAAUAUACACUUUGGUGACAAUUCGUGCCGUGGUAAGGAGGUCGGAAACUUGUUGUUAUUUCAGCAGGGUUUUGGAGAGUGCCUAACCAGCAAACAGAUAUCUGGAAAUACACUUGUGUAUGUAAAUGACUUGUAUUAUGCGAUAUACGAUCCUAACAAUCCGUUUAUCAUCCGACGGCACGAAUGGACGUUCACUAUCCAGUGUGACGUCAGUCGUAAUCAGGCAACGUCAUCACACGUGCACCAUGACGUCAACGCACAACAUAUCGAGAUUUCUGGUCAAUAUGGCAUAAAAAUGGCAUUUUUCAAAGACGUAAAUUUCAUGAACCAGCUGCCUGGUAAUCCUCUACAUGUUAACAUCGGGGAUGACAUAUAUGUGAAGGUUUUCACCAUGGCAACAGACUGGACUACCAAAAUGCGGCUGCACACGUGCUACACAAAACCGUAUGAUGCUGCUGAAAGAAAUAUGACAUAUUACAUCAUUAAAGAUGGGUGCGAGGUUGAUAGCAAUACACAUAUCAUUUCGCAGUCUACGCACGAAACGAGAUUUGUGUUCCAAGAUUUUGAGUAUUCCACCAAUCGAGAAGGGCUCAAUAUUUACUGUAAUGCUACUUUCUGUGAUACCAAAGACUAUUCGCCCGGAUGUGCGCAGUCUUGUACUUCGUCGGGAAAUCAAGCCUUAAUUGGGAAAUAGUCGGUGGUUUCAACUGUAAUUUUAAGUGA